UUCUCCUAUGUUGCUCUCUACUUUACAGGGUGUGUGACUGUCAUCUGAGUAGCAGCUGAAUCAGCAUCACUGGAAACAGAAAUACAGUGAAUUUACAAGACGAUACAUCAGAGUUGGAUGAAUUAUAUUGCAAUCACUUCACAAUGCACAGAGGAAUCAUUGUGAAAUCCACCUUUUUCUCCAGCAUUGCAUUUAUUUUAGUCAUGACAUCGUUUUGCGAGGAACUCCAUGAGGAAACAGGGGACUUGGAAAAGAGAAUGAGAGAAAUGGAAAAGACUAUAAAGCAAAUCCAGGAGGAAAAGGGGGACUUGGAAAAGAGAAUAAUUGCCUUAAUCUGUUUAUUGCUGCCUAGUAGUGUGAUCAUCAUCUCUUUUCUUGGAAAAUGCAUACGAGAAUUGGAAAAUAAAAUAAAGGGACUCCAGAAGCAAAUGGGAGACUUGGGAGACAAGAGAAUAAAGGAAGCCAAGGAGAAAAUGGAGCAACUCCAGAAGCAACUGGGAGAAUUGGAAAAUAAAAUAAAGGGACUCCAGAAGCAAAUGGGAGACUUGGGAGACAAGAGAAUAAAGGAAGCCAAGGAGAAAAUGGAGAGUCUCGAGAAGCAAAUGGGAGACUUAGGAGACAAGAGAAUAAAGGAAGCCAAGGAGAAAAUGGAGCAACUCCAGAAGCAACUGGAGGAAGCCAAGGAGAAAAUGGGUGAGUUUGCCUACUUUCCUCACUGUUGA